AUGGUGUCCUUCUGGCCAUGGAGGGGCUCAGAUAGCUCUCCGGCUUCUUUUGAAAAGGCACUUUCUGAGUUGUCGGAGAGAUUAGCGAAUACCAAUACUCGCCUAGACACGCUUCGCCAACAAUCGCGUCGAUUCAAAGCCCUCUGGACACUCUACACUAGCUUCAUCUACAUCCUUUAUUCCCUUAUUAUCGUCCUCGUACUGGGCCACGAACGAUGGGGUCCUGUCGAAUACACGGCUCUCUGCGGGGGCCCAGUAUUGAUCUAUUCUGUCCGAGCCGUAGCAGCAACCUUUUACAACUAUCGCAUAUCCAAAGCCCAAAACGCCCUAGAUGACCUUCAAAAACAACGCGACACCACAAUCGAAAAGCUGAAAGAAGCGACAAAGUACAAUUCGACGCAGAUGCUCCUAGAGAAAUACGGCGGGGAGUCACCAAAGCCAAAAACCCCGACAAAGGAGGGAGAAGGGGAGGGACAUAAACGCAGAGCUCCGAGAGAUAGGAUGUCUUUACCCAUUCCUAAUAGCAGGACGGGUCUUGCUCCCCCGCCCACAGCGAACAUUCGAAGACCAGAACCUAAUCCUAUACCUCUACCGCCGCAAUCCGAGUAUUCUCCCCCCGGAGCUAUUCCGGGUCCCCAACGCCAACCCCAAGCCGACGAGCCUGGUUUUCACCCUAGUGCAUUCUCAUCAACUCUAUACAGCGAACAUCGCCAGCCACGAUGGUACGACCGUGUUCUAGAUGUUUUAUUAGGCGAGGACGAAACUCUUCCCAAGAACCGUUUGGUUUUGAUAUGUCAAGGAUGUCGCCUUGUCAAUGGCCAAGCGGCGCCCGGAGUCCGGACUCUGGAAGAGCUGGGCCCGUGGAGAUGUGGGAGCUGUGGUGCUUUGAACAACCAAGACUCUCAGGCCAAAACAUUGGCAGCAGCAGUUCUUCCCGCGGACCCUCUCUCACCAAGUCGUUCUCGCGGCCGCAGUCAGAAUAUUUCCCAUUCUACCGAAGGGUCACCCAGCCCUCCUGAUGGGGCGUGGGACCCCGUUUCAGGCCCAGGGAGCAUGAGCAGCGCCGUAGAUGCGGGAAACACUUCCCCGCUAGAAGGUAUGGACGCAGGAGUUAUACCCGACGCGACAAGUAGUGAAGGGGGGUUUGAGGCUGAAGAUGAGUUUGAACCCAAUGAUGACUCUUGA